GUGUGUUGCUCAAGCAACACAUCCACCAUAGGAUAGCCGUCACUGGUUAUUCCACGAUUAAAGAUAGUAGCUAUAGUAUCCGUGGGUUAUACAUAUCUGUGUAUUUGAUAAUGUCACAAAUAAUAUCAUGUAAUCAUUUGAGAAUUCAAUUAUUUCCUUCAUGCUUGUCCACAACAGUUUCUAUCUCUCUCCUCAAAGUCGAUUUCAUGAUUUCUCUGUGCAGUCCAUAUUUUAUUAAUAUGUCUAUGGUAUAGCCCGAUGUACAAACAUUUACCAUUGUCUAUUCUAUCUAAAGCCCACGGGGCUAUACUAUCUUUGAUCGUGUUAAAACCGUAGCCCGCAGUCAUCACUUAUUAAACAACAUCACGACAGUCCACCUUAUGAUCUGUCGAAUGAGUGUAACAUGACGUCAUGACCCACUGCUUCUAUCAGCAAUCGUGAAAUUUUGUUUCCAUAACAAAACAAACCAUUCUGAAACGCUGGAUAACUGCAUUGGGUAUAUGUUGGAAUAUGUACAGUUAAUAUAAUUUAUCAAUCAAUGCUAUUAUAAUAACCAUAUUUAUAUUCCUACUCAAACACUCAGUCAAUUACUAUUGAUAUUGAUUUAGACCAAACAGUUAAUUAUCCCUUUAAAAUGAAUACUAAUGCAUAUCCCAAGAAAAGAAAUAUGCGCAAGAGAAUUAGUAAUCCAAUACCAAAAGGAUGGUCCAAUACCAACAAGCUUGGAGAAGAUAUAAUAAAUCUAGAACUAGAUGACAAAAGCAUCAUUUCUAAAGCUUUGCUAAAAACUAUUAAAUCAGAAGAACUAAUGAAUAAAAAACUUAUUGCAAAUCUUAAUUAUUUGGCGGCUCACGAACGGGUCCGUCAAGCUAUUUAUUUAAAACAUUUAGAACUUAAAGAAAAAGUUCUUGAAACAGAAGAGAAAUUAUUGAAGCUUGGUUUAAAAACAUCAACAUUUUCAGCAUUCCGUAUUACAGAAAGAGAUAGAACUCCAGACACUGAAGUUAUGGAAAAUCUUAGAUUUGAAAAAUUAUUAGAAUUGGAAACGCCAAAAGAUAAUACAAAUUUUCAUGAAAUAUUCCAACAAGUUAAUGUUUCUUACCUAAGAACACUUAAUUAUGCAAACACUAAAUAUAAGUCACAAUGAUGAGGCCUGGUUUUUCAGUCAUAUUUAACUGCUAGUUAGAGACAUUUAACUACCAGUUAAAUUUAACAGAGAGUUAACUGAAACUUUUCAGUUUAUCAGUUAAUGGUUAAAUAUAACUGUAGGAUAAAGUGUUGGUUAAGUUAUCUAUUACUUUUUCUACUAGUUAAACGCUUAACUGAAGGAUUAAAACUUAGAGUUUAUAUAUUAUUAUAUAAUACCAUAAAUAAUAAAUUACCUCGUCAUUAUACGAUUGUAUUGUACUACUUUGGUUCAAAAUAUAUACAUUUUAUAUUUACCUGACCUACA